ACUGCAUGUAGGCUAUUCAUGCACUGAGAUCCUAUUUUGCUCUUGCUUAUUGAAUGACGUACACGUUUCUGUUAACUUUUCUAAUUCUGCAGAGACAACUACACUUAUGACCUCAAAUGUUUUCUUAUAGUCUUAUUCAAUACCGCCAAAAAAUAAAUGACAACAAUCGAUUAUGCAAGCAAAUUCUAGCAUACAAUUACGUUUCAGAACCUUGGACAGCUCCUCUAGGUGCGAGCCCCACUACGCUGCGAGCCCCCCUAUACGCCCCCUUCUCAACCAUUCACACUUACAAUAAUAUUUACUGCGGUGUGUGUGUGUGUGUGUUUGUGUGUGUGCGCGUGCGUGCAUGCGAGAGUUUCGGAAGCGCCUGUCCGAAAUUUUUAAGGAAAAGUUGCGCGCGAGGCAAGCCGCAGUGGGAGGGGCGGGAAGCUGCCGCAUUUUUCUGAAUGAAAUUACUCUACAGGAGCCCCCCAUCCCACCCCACACUCCGGUCUCUCCGAGCGCCUCAUUGGCUAAAGCCUGCCAUCACUGACGUCAGUCAGACCUUCCCUAGUGAAGGAACAUUCGCGCAGGAGAUCCAUCCAGUCAUUCCGGUGUUCACCACCGGAGAAACGGAGACAACCUAAUCGCAAGGAGGAUAUGUUAUUACUCUGAUGGGGACAGACAAGCCUUACUGAGAUAUUACCGACCAUCGAUAUACCACGAGACAAGCUGGACACAGACAGCAUCACGGCAUCACAGUUUCCUGGAUUCUCUGUCAACAGAGCUGAUUUGAAAGAAUCGUGAUCAAGGUCUUGUUAGAAGGUGUCGUGUGUGUGACUCAUGAUGACCCAGAAUGACUCGGACAUCUGGUUCGAGGAGUCUUCAGGUUCAGGGAUGACUUCGCCCCUUUCCCAGCUGGACCAAUCAGAUCCCACAACCAUUCCUGAGGCCUCUCCUCUCAGCCUAUGGGGAGUGGCACUGUGCGUCUCCGGAACCCUCAUUGUGUCCGAGAACACCAUUGUAGUGGCGGCCAUCUUGGCCACGCCUUCUCUCCGUGCUCCUGUCUUCCUGCUCCUCGCCAGCCUGGCAUUGGCCGACCUGCUGGCGGGCGUGGCCUUGAUCCUGCACUUCCUCUUCCUGUUCUGUGUGGAGCCCACGGAUUGGUCAGAUCUGAUGACGUCAGGGCUUCUGGCGACAUCACUGACCGCCUCCCUCCUCAGCCUGAUGGGCGUGGCGCUGGACCGUUAUCUGUCCCUAAGCCACGCCCUCACCUACGGCUCCCGCCACUCGCGUCGAUGCGCCGCUGGUCUGCUAGCACUCGUCUGGCUGGGGUCAUGUCUGAUCGGCUUGGGCCCAAUCCUGGGGUGGCACUGCCUCAAUGACAUCACAUCCUGUUCCGUGGCGCGACCCCUGACCCGGACGUACCUGUCGUUGCUUUGUGGCGGCUUCCUGCUGGUCAUCAUGGUAACGCUGCAGCUAUACACCGGGAUCUGCCGCGUCGCUAGGCGGCACGCCCAUGCCAUCGCCACGCAGAGGCACUUCCUGCCUGACGACCAAUCGUACAACAGCAAGCACGGGGGCCGGGGGAAGGGCCUAUCUCGGCUGUUGUUAGUCCUCGGAGUGUUUGUCAGCUGCUGGACGCCCUUCGCCCUUUACGGUUUGCUGGGCGACGCAUCUAGCUCGCCCCUGUAUACGUACGCUACGUUAGUGCCGGCUGCAGGGAACUCUCUGCUCAACCCUCUGCUGUAUAGCCUGAGGAACAGAGACAUACGCAAGGUGCUGCUGCAUGCCUGCUGUCCUCACAGACACACACACAACACACACAGGCCUGUUGACGUGUAGGAUGGAGACACACAUGGACACACACAUAUUGUCCCAUAUAACUGUAACGCAUACAAAUAGCACAUCCUCAUCAUCACUUGCACUUCAGAUAAGAAGCAAUCAGAAUGUACUGUUCCAGAAGGCAGCCAUCUUGGAGUCAGCUGGAAUAAGCUCUGUCAUUGGCUGUGAGACCUGAUGUACUGUAUCAUUUCAUAAUGUGCCUCAUCCUCAACUAACAUGAAGACAAUCCACUCUGAUGCAAUCACAGAGGUGCAACUAUCGUAAUUAAUCUGGGUCCUUGGUGGGACUAUACUAUGCUGCUGUCGGUGAUCCGAAGGUCAAAUGUAGAGUAACUUGAAGGACUCUUAAACUCUUAUAAAGGGUUUGCACUAAUACUGUAAAAGGCACCUCAACUAUCUCUGAAAAGGUUUGAGUUUGCCAAUGUUUUUUCAAAUAAAAUGUAUGAAUGUUGUCAUUUUCUACUUCCUAAAUAAAAACUACU